AAAGAAAAUUAGACUCCUCUCUUAUUGUCUGGUUGUUUGAGAAAACCAUGAAAUCCCCUUUUUUUAUCCUCCUCCUUUGGCCUUUAGAACACCAAAUCUAACUUGGGUAUUUUGGUUUCCCAUGUUCUUUAUAAGGUUUUGAAUCAAUUUCCCCUUCUGGGUCACCUUCAAUUCUUGUUAAAGUUCCAAUUUUCAUCAUCUGGGUACUCUUAGAUCUCCCUUUAAAAAUUUGGGUUCCUUUCUUUUUUAUUUUUUAUUACCCUCAAAUUUUCAAUGUCACAAGGCUUUUCAAUUGAGCUUUACUUUGACCCAGCACUUGAAAACCAAGUCUUGAAAGCAUGGAAUGUUUUGGCUCGUCGGCAAAUCAGCACUCAGUUAAUUGAAAUUGAAUCGAGGCCUCACAUUACUCUUUUCUCAAGCCCUUUCCUUGACCCUGCCGGGCUUGAAUCUGUUGUAAAGUCCUUUGUUUCAAAGCAGGAGCCUUUACCUCUAUCUUUUUCUUCAUUUGGGACUUUCCCAAAUGAAAAGAAUCAUCUUUUCCUUGCACCAGCUCCAACAAUGGCCCUCCUACAGUUCCAGGCUCAGUUAUGUGAGGCAAUUAAAAAGGAAGGGAUUGAAAUUGGGGAAGAGUUCAAAGCUGACGCUUGGAUUCCCUAUUGUGCUGUAGCUCAACAAGUGCCAAAAACAAGAAUGGCUGAGGCAUUUUGUGUGUUGAGAGAGUUGAAGUUGCCUGUUUCUGGGUACGCAAUGGAUAUUGGAUUGGUGGAGUUUUCACCUGUUCGUGAACAUUUCUCAUUUGGACUUGGGAAUGCUGUUGAGCCAUGAGAUUUCAAAGGGUCGUUAUGACAGAUCUUUUAGUUGGAUGAAUGCCCCCACCAUGUUUGCACCCAAGUUGCCAGAGUUUCUUUUGUCAUUGUUACACUUAUCAUUUCCAAGUUCCGGCUAAUUACAGAUUUUAACAAGAAAUCCAGUUUGAUUUUUUCUUUUUGGUACAAAGGGGACUCAAAUUUCGGAUCUGCUGUAUCACCUUUUAAGGAUUAUUACAUGAACCAACUGAGAUAGUUUGGAGUUCAUAGUUGAUGAUGAUAUGUUACACUUGGCGGGUAUUUCAAAAUCUCAUAUUUUCUUAUUCUCUCUUUACCAUUGGAUCCCAACACAAUGGAGAAGCAGGAAAAGAAAUUGUGUUAGUUUGGGUAUAUUUGCAAAAUGUCAAACUUGAUCAAGUGGGAGAAAUGCCACUUUUGUUUGAAGUUGAUAGUUUUUGAGAGUUGAAUGUUGCUUUUUGUUAUAAUAAAGAGAUAAAAUACAGUUGGCAACAAUCUCUUUGUAACUGUGGAGCUUAGCUCUAUAUUCAUUUCAUUUUCCAAAGAGCAAUAUGUAGUAUGCAUUUAUAA